AUGGUUAUCCAGCUAAUUUAUCUAGGCGUGUCAUACAUGAUGUUGAAGAUACUCCCGACCAUAUACCAGUACAUAUACUCGAAGUGUAGAAACCAUCAAGUGUGGGAAGGAUUGAAGAAGAAGUAUGUUCUCAUCAAUGGAGCAACAGGAAAGGUUGGAAUGGGGCUGGCCAGGAAGUUUGCAGAAAAAGGAAUGAAGAUUCUCCUUGUUGGAAGAAGCGAGUCCCGGCUCACAAGACUCCAUGCAAAGAUAGGGAGGAUGACCGAGUGCCACAUGCACAUUGUGGACUACAAAAGAAACCCCAACCUGUCGUUCAUAGAAAGAUAUGACAUAGGAAUUCUGAUCAACUGUGUAAGUGCAAUAGAGGACAGCCCAGCAUACUUUGUGGAGCAAACUGUAGAAGACAUCAUGAAUGCUAACCUUGUUGGGGUGAUGUCUCUGACAAGACAUGUGCUUGUCAACAUGAUGGACAGCGGAUAUGGGUAUGUCAUCAACAUCGGAUCUUUGAUGGCAGAAGCAUCGACACCUCUGUAUUCUGCAUUUGGAUGCUCGAAACAGGCCCUAAAGACUUUGUCGGACUCUCUCUAUUAUGAGUUGUCUGGAUAUAACAUAAACAUAGAGUAUAUGGGAGUUGGGAAUGUAUCGUGCGAGGACUAUGGAGAGAAGUCUUCGUUCCUGAGGCCGUCCUCGGACACACUUGCAUCAUCGAUCCUGGGCACAUUUGGGUCGGCAAAGAUGUCUAUACCGUACUUUCCCCAUUUUAUUAUGUAUCUUCUAAUGCUUUGCAUUCCCUCUCCGCUUCUGAGCAGACUAGUCCUCCAUAAAAAUAGACAGGAAAUGCUUGAGAUGAGAAACAAUGAGUCCAGCUUUGAAGAACGGAAAGUGAAAUGA